AUGACACGCCAUGUGCACAGGCCCCGGUUGCUGUGGCUUUUCGCUGCCUUCGCCGCCUGUUGCAGCGUGUGGCGGAGUCCGGGCCAAGCCUUUGUGAGUGCCUCUGGUGCAUGGGGCAUGCGGCAUGCUCCAUGCGGUCCUCUGGUGUCCGCCAUCCGCUUGUAUGCGGGACCUACAGCAGAGGCUGCACGGGUUGAGCUUCGCGACGAGACUCGCCUGUUGCGGGAGACAGUAACCGAUCUGGUCUCAGAGGUCCGCCUGCUCAGGCAAGAGCUCACCGGCCAAGAGUCCCCGGCCACAGGUCAGACGGCGCCCAGAGAGGAAGCAAAAAUUCCCACUGCCCCGGAGGCACCACCUACGAGGGCGUCAGAUGUCCCACCAAAGACACGCAGCAAGGGGCCUCCCAAGGGGACCACAGCCGUCAAAGUGGUCAGUGCUGGGGGUGAUGCCGGUGAUAUCGCAGACUUCUUCUUGGAAGAUCAGCAAGUGCCGAUUGGCGGCAUGUCCAAUCGCCGCGGGUUGAAUGUGGUGGUGAUCGACGCUUCAGCCGGCCACUUGCUGUCUGCAAAGACAUACGAUAUUUGGGGAAAUCCACUCGAGGAGAAUCGCAGACUGGCGAAGGACCUUCGAGCUGUGGAGGAGGACAACGUUGUCCUCGUGGCUUUAAAAGACUCGGGCAUGGAGAACUUGGACGGCGAAGCUCUGCAUGCCCUGCAGGGGCUUGGCUCAACCUUGGAGCGGCGUUUGGCUUUCCGAGAGGGCUACGCGCUGAUAGGUGUCAAGGAUGGGGAGGCGUUGGCAGAGAGGAAGGGGCGAAUGGUCAUGGCCGAGGCCAAGCUCCCCUUUGCAGUGCGGCCGCCGCAGGCUCCUGUAAGGGCUGCGCGAUGA